AUGGAACCGUCUCGGGAUUCUGCACCACAGGCAGGACUGCAGGUAUUACCUGAGACAAAUUUGUCAGGUCCAAGUUUGUCUUUGAAUUUGGCCGUUGAAGAUUUACCUGAGCUACUGCUAGAACAAGCUGGUCUUCCACCGUCUUCUCCGAUGGAAAUGAAAUUUUCAAAAGCUGGGUUUAAUUAUCUUUCUGAUGAAGAUUCCAAGAUCGAUUUAAGAACCCUUAUUUAUUUAGAACCACUAGAGCAUCUCAAUUGUCCCAUAUGCCAAUUGCCAUUCAUAGACCCAUAUACAACUAUUUGUGGCCACACAUACUGCUACACUUGUUUGGAGGAAGCACUAAAGUCUCCUUUAGGUAGUAGAUGUCCAUUGGAUCGCACACCGCUAGACAUACAGAACAAUGACGAUGUUUAUCCUGCUCCUAUUAUUAUUUCUAACAUAACUGAUGACCUCAAGGUUAAAUGCAUGAAUCUGGAACGAGGAUGUGACUGGGUUGGACCUCGUUGGCAAAUAAAAAAGCAUAUUGUACAAGAGUGCAAAUAUACCCAGUUUGAAUGUAAUUGCACUAUUGAGGAGCCUGCAAUAGUAGAUCAAGAUGACAAUGAUAGACAAAAAAGACAAGACGAUAUCAAACCGCAGUAUCGGAUAUGCAAAGAAUGGACAGAACGUCGUCAUCUAUUAGAGAAUGAUAAAGGCGAACGUAUAUGCCCUCAUCAACCUGAGCCUUGCGAGAAAUGUGGGAAGAUUAUUUCUUUUUCUUCAAAGGAGUAUCAUCUCAAUGAAGAAUGUAAAAGGAAUUUAAAGCAAUGCAAUGGUUGUUUGCUUGAUUUUCCGAUUACAAACUUUGAAAAUCAUGAACGCUAUUGUGAGAAAAUUCACGUUAAAUGUCCAGCAAAAGCUUACGGAUGUGAUUGGAAGGGCUCAAAGGAUCUGCUUGAUACUAUUCAUGCCAAUCGUUGUGUCUUUUACAAGUUGUCAUCUUACUUUGAAACACAGGAAAGGGAAAUGGAAGGGCUUAGGAGAGAAAAUCGAACCCUCAGCAAGCAGCUAUCAACAGUCUUAGACUCAGUUGUACAAGGCAAAAUUACAAAUGUCGGUUAUACCUUGAACGUUGAAGAAGUUGGAGCUCAGCGCCAAAACAAGAAGAACGAUAAAAGCUUACUAGAUGAAGAUUAUCUACACCUUGUAAUGGAGUUUGAGAGACUGAGAACAGAUUUUGAACGCGUUCGUCCUAUUGUUGCCGAUUUUCAACAGCAGCAACAAAUUCUAACCAAUUUAGCUAACAACUCUUCACAUUAUCGUGAGGAGAUCAAUGCCCAACGAGUGGCGAUCAACAGUUUGAGACAACAAUUACAGUUUUUACUUGUCGAACGACGAAACUUGAAUCGUGCCGUUAGGGGAAUCGGAGGGAUUUCACCCGCUGAGAGCUCUGAAGAAUUGAAUAGAUUCUCUAACAAACUAUAA